GCGCAUCGCCCCCGUUGCCGUGGGAAACGACCCGGGACCUGGGAGGAAGGAAAGACGUUUCCCGCCGGCGGGAGCUGCGGUUGUGGUGUCAAGGGGCGCUCAGAGGCAGCGGAUCCUAGCACCGCAGCACUAUGGCAGACCAGUUUUAUCUGGAAAAUAUAGACGAGUUCGUCACGGACCAGAACAAGAUCGUGACAUACAAAUGGCUGAGCUAUACAUUAGGAGUUCACGUUAAUCAGGCCAAACAGAUGCUGUAUGAUUAUGUUGAAAGGAAGCGAAAGGAAAAUUCAGGAGCCCAACUGCAUGUCACCUAUUUAGUGUCUGGCAGUCUCAUUCAGAAUGGACAUUCCUGCCACAAGGUUGCAGUAGUGAGAGAAGAUAAAUUAGAAGCAGUGAAGUCCAAGCUAGCUGUGACUGCCAGCAUACAUGUGUACAGCAUCCAGAAAGCCAUGCUAAAGGACAGUGGGCCUCUGUUCAAUACCGACUAUGACAUCCUUAAAAGCAACUUGCAGAACUGCAGCAAGUUUAGUGCCAUCCAGUGUGCAGCUGCAGUCCCUAGAGCUCCUGCUGAAUCCUCAUCUUCUGAAAAGUUUGAGCAGUCAGAUCUUCCAGUAUCACCUGAGACACAAGCCAAUAAUGAGUUGACCACCAAUGGUCAUGGCCCACCUGUCCCCAAACAGAGUUCCCAACAGCCCAAAGGAAUUAUGGGCAUGUUUGCUGCUAAAGCUGCUUCUAAAACCCAAGAUACCAACAAGGAAACCAAAACAGAGGCUAAAGAGGUCAUAAAUGCAUCUUCGGCAGGCAACAAGGCACCAGGGAAAGGGAAUAUGAUAAGCAAUUUUUUUGGAAAAGCUGCUAUGAAUAAACUUAAAGUCAAUUUGGAUUCAGAACAAGUAGUGAAAGAAGAAAAAAAACUGGAGCAACCUCCACUCUCUGUCACUGAACCAAAGCUGGCAGCCCCUGUGGGCCUGGAGAAAUCUAGCAAAAAAAUAGAGCCUGUUAAGAUGCAGCAGAAGGAAAAAAAAAGGAGGAAGCAAGUGGAGUUUUCUGAUGAUGAGACAAAAGAAACUGAAAACAUGAAAAAGAAGAGGAGAAGAAUCAAACUUCCUGAGUCUGAUAGCAGCGAAGAUGAAGUCAUACCAGACUCUCCUGGGGCGUAUGAAGCCGAGUCACCAUCCCCACCUCCUCCUGCUUCCCCACCUCCUCCUGCUUCUCCAUCUCCUGAACCACUGCCGAAGACCGAGCCAGAGCCUCCUUCUGUCAAGAGCUCAAGUGGAGAAAACAAAAAAAAACGAAAGCGUGUGCUAAAAUCUAAAGUCUUUGUGGAUGAGGAGGGCUGCAUGGUGACUGAAAAAGUCUUUGAGAGUGAAUCCUGCACAGAUAGUGAAGAGGAGCUGAAGAUGAAGACUUCCGUCCACAGACCCCCUACCACAACGGUGAAAAAGGAACCCAGAGAGGAACGAAAGGGUCCAAAGAAAGGGACUGCUUCUCUGGGCAAAGGCAAUAGACAGGUGUCCAUUACUGGCUUCUUCCAGAGGAAGUGAACUGCCAUCUCUGUUAAAUCAGAGACAUCGAGUGGUCAAGGGACAAGACCAAGACAUACCGACUCUCGCUUACUGUGUAAGUUCAUCCAGCGCCUCACCUCGCCUGUAUGAAAAGACUUCUUCCAUUCUGUAAGGUUUAUACGGCUUCUGGUUUUCAGCCAAAAGGAAAUCACCUGGAAGCAAGAGGCAAAGGAAUAUUUUGAAAGUUGUUAUCUUCUCAUGACAUUUUUUUAAGCACAAUCUUUGACCUGUCCAGAAUUCACUCCAAAGAUAAAUUGGAACAGGUUUCAGAAUUAUCACUGAAGCCAUUUCGUGGCUAAUCCACUGCACCCUACUCACCCUACACCCUGAUCCAUCUGUUUAUGGCUCAGGAAGUGAUCCUCCUCGUUCUGUUGUAUUCUGUGGACUUGUGUGGAUAUUCUUUUAUCCCCGAAUUUUACAGGAUACAUUUACCAUUUCCCCAGCAUCCCUUCCCCACUACCACACUUCUGUGUGAAGCGUUUUCUGUAAGUCUUUUAAAUCUUGGUUGGACUAAAGGCUGAAACAAAAA